AUGAGAUUUGUUGCGGAACACUUGCACAACUUUGUGAAUACGGGUCUUCUUCUGAGUGCGGAGGUCAAUGCCUUUAUUGCACUCAGCUCCGAAGUGCUUGCCCAGAUGAUUUUCGGACUUUUUCGAGGCCUUCGACUCCUCCGCAUGAGCCAGGGGGAUUAUUGCAGAUUUGUGCAAUUUGCGCCUGAAAGGAUCGCUUUGACUUUGACUCCUGCUUCAACAAAUGGCUACGAAGCAAGGCUUGUAUUGUACAGGCUGGGUGUGCAUUGGCGCCUUGGACCAGAGCUUGAGCUGACAAGAGCUAGGCGCGCAGAGAAAAGGUAG